AUGAUCAUGCUAUACUGUUAAUAUGGUGAGUCCAUGCCUCUAGAUUCAACCUAGCCCAAGAUUAACUCUUAAGGAGCCUACCCUUACUCCUUAAGGUCCAAAUAUGUUUUUUGCCGAGGUAGACUGGCUCUGGCAGCCAAAACAGCCAAAUACUCCAUCAAACGUGAAUCGAUUCUCAAUUGCGAUACGGUUCUAGAAACAUAACGCCCUUUAUGUUAAUAUCACAAAAUAAUUUCACAAAUGCAAACUAUACACUUACUGUACACUGUUUUAAACCGCUUUAUCACAGUUGCAGCCAACAGUAUUUUUCAUUGACAACACGUUUCUGGCGGCCUUCUGUUACACACAGGUGUACAGAGCAUGCUAGAUGGCUAAUUAGCACAGGUGGUCCCUCUGUCUCCCAUUAACACGACCUGUAACAUGGAGAUAUGGCUGUGUGGGAACCCUAACCCUAUAGAGGUGUGUAUCAAUUUAACUGUUUUUUGAAAAUUAUUUCUCGCUGAUAUGAAAGAUAAGGUCCUUCUGCUUCCAAAAGCAUACCGCAAACGAUGCAGGUUAAUGUUAAGACCGAGCCUCGGUGCUCUUAACAAAACUCCCCCUUACAGAAGAGGUCCAAACCUUUGUCCAAUUACUUUUAUGUGUAAUGUAAUGGAACUUGGAGUCAUGAUCAAAGGCUAGAUUCAACUCUACGUUCAUGGGCACAACAUAAAAAAUUAAUAAAAUAAACUGUAAUGCAAUUAUCACUUAUGAAUAAACACAAACCAAUUCAAUAUUGAUGAAUAUAAAAUGAUGUAAAGGGGGACCUUUACUUAGAAGGAAAUAUUUUGGCCGGAAGUGAUUGCCACGUCUCCAGGAAGAAGACGCUUUGAGGUUGUCUGGUCGAUUCAAAAGUGAAUGAGAUGGCAACGAAUGGGGCAAGCUGUGAACAACCACAGAAGCGAGGAACCAAAGACAAACAGAAUGGACAUUUUGCAGACUCUGCGGUCAGUGAGAGGAGGCAGAAAGAUCGGGAGGAGCGUCUCGCUCUGGUGCUGUGGAGGCGGCCUAUCGUCACACUACACUACUUCCUCCUGGAAACCUUCAUCAUACUAAAGGAGUGGACAUUAAAGUUAUGGCGACAAAGGGGUACAGUGUUCUUGUUCCUGGUAUUGUGUUCACUGUUCUCCCUUGCCUACUCCACCGAGGGAGCACACCAGAAGUAUGUGCAGUACCUGGAGAAGAGGUUCCUGUGGUGUGCCUACUGGGUAGGUUUGGGCAUCCUGUCCUCAGUAGGCCUUGGGACUGGCCUACAUACCUUCCUACUAUACCUGGGUCCACACAUAGCAUCAGUCACCCUGGCUGCGUACGAGUGUGGUUCUACAGACUUCCCAGAGCCCCCCUACCCAGACCAGAUCAUCUGCCCAGAGGGAGGUGGAAUGGAGGGCAGCAUCUCACUCUGGUCCAUCGUCUCAAAGGUCCGCCUGGAGGCCUGUAUGUGGGGUGCAGGCACAGCCAUUGGGGAGUUGCCCCCCUACUUCAUGGCCCGAGCAGCCAGGCUAUCUGGAGCAGACCCAGAUGACGAAGACUAUGAGGAGUUUGAGGAGAUGCUGGAGCAGGCAGAGACCGCUCAGGAUUUUGUUACUAGAGCAAAACUGGGCGUUCAGAACAUGGUGCAGAAAGUGGGAUUCUUUGGGAUUCUAGCCUGUGCCUCGAUUCCUAAUCCUCUGUUUGACCUUGCUGGUAUAACAUGUGGCCACUUCCUGGUACCAUUUUGGACCUUCUUUGGAGCGACUCUUAUUGGGAAAGCCAUCGUCAAGAUGCACAUACAAAAACUGUUUGUUAUCAUAACUUUCAGCAAGCACAUAGUGGAACAGAUGGUGUCUCUGAUCGGGUCUCUGCCGAGGGUAGGUCCCUCCAUACAGAAGCCCUUCAGUGAGUACCUAGAGGCCCAGAGAAGUAAACUCCACCACCACACCGGAGAAGGCACCCCGGCAAGUGAGAACUGGCUUUCGUGGGUCUUUGAGAAGGUGGUUCUGGUCAUGGUCUGUUACUUUAUCUUCUCCAUCAUCAACUCCAUGGCUCAGAGCUACGCCAAGCGACGACAACAGAGUCAGCAGCAGAGGUACUCUGAGAAGAAAACCAAGUGAUAACGACUCACCAACUGACUGUGCUGAGAGUCCCUCAGCUCUGUCUCACAAACUAACCUCGCGCUCUUCCAUUCGUAAGAGGCUGAACUGGCACUAUUCUGUGUGUGCUUACGGAUGUAUGUGGUGUUUGUCCCUCUUAAGGUUUUGUAGUUUCCACUCAUCUGUGUUUAGUGUGUGAUUUAAUAAUGUUAUAAUGAUAUGAUGAGCAGUUAAGCAGCAGUUGGAUGUCAAAUGUUUUGCUGGCAGCUAUACCAGCUGUGAUGCAAGGUGGCGGGUCCUACUUCCAUUGAACACAGUUCUUAAUCACUAGACUUGAUUUGUACAUACUUUUUCACUGUAUGGAUGGACUCAGACUUUCUGUAUGCUAAUAUGAUGCUAAGGACGUUUUCAGGGUUAAAUUUUUCUUGCGUUUUGUCCUGUUGAUCAGAAAUAGACCAUCUGUCCAUUUGUGUUUCUUGGAUUUGUUUGACGUUCAAGUUUGCCAUUGGAAAUAGCAAUAUCAAGUUGUCUCAACGUGUUAUUGAUGGUUUGAACAUUCUGGAAAUAUUUUUUGGAUGGUAUGUAUGCACAUGUAUUUACAAUGAUCUGGAUGAACUAACUUGAACUAAAACGGAACGAAAAGGAAAAUGAUAUAAAUUGUAAAUUAACAUUACACUCAGCUAACUUAGUGUCAUUUUUAUUAAAUACAUUUACUGAGUCUUUGAUCAGAAUAUAUAAAAUGCCUAAAUCAUUA